CAUCUGCGGCCGCGGAUGGAUGUUCAUGGAGCGCCGCCGUACCAGACACUGCCGCCGCCGCCGCCGCCGCCGCAGCAGCAGCAGCAGCAGCAGCAACAACAGCAGGUUUACCUGCAAUCUCAGCCUCAGGGCCCUACGUCUCAGCAACCUCCUCAACCUCCUAUGAUGACAAGCUCGCACUCUCGACACCCCAGUUUGUCGGCAGCUCCAGGCUCCCCGGCGCAGGCGAUACCAAAACACACGCCCGAGGCCUCUCCUAUCCGUCGCUCCUCAUUUGGUCAACAGCCUCAGUCAUCAUACUACCCGUAUUCUGGCCCUCCGGCGCCCCCGAUGUCGCAGCAACCGACUCCUGUACUCUCACCGUCCAAGGAACCGCCAAGACAGAGCUCGACACCGGCACCGCCACCGGAGCCUCCUCGUCAAGUCCCGGCAAAGCGUUCCAACAUCAUGAACAUCCUGAACGACGAGCCAGAGGAGCCCCAACCGCGAAAGCGAUUCGUCAGCGAACAAGUGACGGCCUCCCCUGGAUAUGCAGGAACCCAGUCAUUACCUCAGUCUGGUCCGUCGUUACGCGCCGAGGAGCCCCCUGUGUCGGCUGCGCCGCAGAAACCUUAUCUGCCUACUGGCCAACACCAACCUCAUCUUCAACCAUCUCAGGCACCCUCUCAAGGGCCCUCAUCACAGCCUCGAACCUCCUAUUCAGAGUACCAAACCUACCAGCCAGCGGUGGGGAGCUCAUCCAGUACUGGACCUCCCAACCACGAGUGGGUGGCGAGAUUCGACCCCAGAGGUCAAUCGCAGCAGCAGCAACAGCAGCAGCAGCAGCAACAACAGCAACAACAAGCUGACCAAGCUGGGCUGCGUUCGACCGCUCCGUCGUCAACGUUUAAUAGUUACGCGCCUGCGAGCAGCCAACCUCCGACACCUUCGCCAGCCCCUCCACCUCACAGACCGAGCUAUCAGCCCAGUUUCCCGCAGGCUCCGCCACCGCAUUCUCAGGGCGCGCCUACACCGCCACCAACGAAUCCAGCUUAUCGUCAGGCUGCGUCUCCGACUACUCGUCCCAGCGUGCUCUCAUAUAGCUCUCGUCAGGGCCCGCCAACACCUUCACAGUCGCCUGCUUCCUCGCUGAACAUUCCUCCACCUCGUCAACCGUCUUCCUUUAGUCCAUCCAUGCAGCACCCGUCUGCCCCUUCUUCGCAUCCGAUGGGACCACAACACCGUCACAGCAACAGCGGCCAUCAGAGCUAUCAGCAACACGUCCAAGCUAUGGUGAGUGGAUCGCAUCAGCAACAGCAACAGCAACAACAGCCACAACCGCCUCAACACACGCAACGACCGUCCAUAGGUAUCCCCGGGAGCGUACCUUUUGGCCACAGCACGCCUCCACCAUCCCAACAGGGUGGACCUCGACCGGGCGGUCUGGGUGGAGGGCCACCACCACCGCUGAGCAUGGGUCGACCGUACACUCCACCGGCACCCACGCUGGGCGGAAUCCCGUAUCCGGCAGGACACCACAAUUCAUACGGCCGUCCCUCGCAAGGUGCGGAUAACGGUGGCCCUGGGCCUGGUCAUCAUCGUGUCUACAGUCAAGGUAGCAACCAGGGUCCACUAAGAUGA